AUGGGCGUUCCUCGCGCUGGGAAGACCAGCCGCAUUACCAAACGCACCACUGCUCGCAGAAAGCCCGUGACAGAGGCUUUCAAGGCAAAGCUUGUACAGUUCCAGACUUCUGAAGUGCUUACAGGUGAUCUAUGUGUUAACAAACCUCAGUCACCCCACAAUGAUGCUCUACAAGAGGCCCUCAAAUGCACUGAAUGUGCAGAUCUGCAUAUCACUCCAUACAUGAUGGAAGCAGACAUCUCUGCAGGAUCAUACAUCACCUCACAAUAUCCACCUUUCUUCUCCUGCAAAAGCGUCCAGGAUGACGGUAUCUCCCCCCUCGACACAUAUUCCCACCAUAAUGACGACAUCACCUUCUGGAAAGACAUCACUCGCCACCAGCAGAAGCAAUACUUUGACAAAGUAGACGCUCUGCUUCGGACGGCUGAGGUGGAAUCAGGCAAGCCAAUAGAUGAAACCACCGUGCUUUUCGCUCACUACCAAGUCGACUUCCACAUUCGUCAACACUACCUCGCCCCUCGAGGUUUCUUGAAUCUCUGUCGCACCAAAGACGAGAUCGUCAAGGUAAACAAAUGGGAGUGGAAGGUUGCAGUCAAAGAUGAGACAAACUUUGCCGAAGAUCCCGACUGGGGAGUCGGAUGGAAGCAUGAGCCGAGCAAUUCCCUUGGACACCGGGUUGCGGCAUGGCAUAAGGGCGAACGAGAGCGGCGAGAGCAUCUUGAUGAAGUCAAGGCUCAAUGGGCUGAUAUCCAGGCGGAACGAGAUGAACAGCGGUUACGGUUACGGACGGUCCAUUUUCACUUCAAGGGUACGCGUCUGAGGACUUGUCAGUUUGAGACCUUGAAGCCGUCUCCCCUGACAGAGAAGGAGAUUAAGAAGAUUGCGGCCAAUGCAGUAUCUAACCCCCUUUCUUGA